UACUGUCAACGUGAUAGAUGAAACUUCACUUUGUUCUUUGGAACUAAUUCAUUUUUCCUUUCGGAAUUAUUUGUUGUUUCCUCAGAAAAACCUUCUACUUUAUUUAUUUAUGUAAUACAAUUGAAUUUAUGGAUAAUUAUACUGAAAAUAUCGUUAUUUUCCUUGAUCGUUUCUUCAAUUGACAACUCGCAAAAACAAAACACCCACUAAUUGACUGUCAAGUGAAGGUUGCAUUUAAUUCAACAAUUCAGGCAUAAAACAAAUGAAAAUGUUGGUUCUCGUUUUGGGUGAUUUGCACAUUCCGCACAGAUGCAGCAGUUUACCAGCCAAGUUCAAGAAGCUGCUGGUGCCUGGCAGGAUCCAGCACAUACUGUGCACAGGAAACCUAUGUACCAAAGACUCCUAUGAUUAUUUGAAAACUCUGGCUAGUGAUGUGCACGUGGUUCGGGGUGAUUUUGAUGAUAAUUUGAAUUAUCCAGAGCAGAAGGUUGUGACUGUCGGACAAUUCAGAAUAGGGCUGUCACAUGGGCAUCAGGUUGUGCCAUGGGGUGAUCCUGAGUCAUUAGCUUUGAUCCAGAGGCAACUCGAUGUGGAUAUUUUAAUUUCUGGUCACACUCAUCGGUUCGAAGCUUAUGAGCUGGACAACAAGUUCUAUAUUAAUCCGGGGAGUGCAACUGGAGCUUACAACGCUCUCGACAACACUGUAACUCCAUCCUUUGUGUUGAUGGACAUUCAAAACACAACUGUUGUGACGUACGUUUACCAAUUGGUUGGGGAUGAUGUCAAAGUGGAGAGGAUAGAAUACAAGAAAAACUAAAAUUUGCAAUGUUGUUGUUUUAUAUUGAAGAAAGGAAAGAAGAGAGGAAGAAACUGUCUGUUUUUUUUAAAUGUUUACAUUUGUUACAGAAAACAUUAUAUGUUAUAAAAAGAAAACGUAAAGUCUUAGGUAUAUAAUAAGGUCAAUCCAAACAUUUUUAUUUCACAUUUAAACAUCUGAUUCAAGAGGAAAUAAUGAUUAUGUAUAUAAUGGUGAAUUAUUUAUAGGUGAUGAUGUGUUCUAUAUUGUAUAAUUCAUUACAAAAGCAAAUAAAAUUGAAGCAUAAACGAA